AUGCCUCGCAAGAAGCAAAAGGGUGGUCCGCCGCCUCGCGCUCAUCGUCCUGGCGGUCCGGCCAAGUCUGGACCUGCGUCUGCGUCUGCGUCCACGAAUAAAGGCUCCAAGCAAGACUCUGGGGCUGGCGGCGCUGUGAAAGAACAUAGUCAGAAGAAGCAGCUGCACAUGAAUCAGAGGCCCAUUGUGCCGUUUUUGAGAGGGGAUCGCAUUUUGUUGGUUGGUGAAGGUGACUUCUCCUUUGCGCGCUCCCUGGCGAAGCAAUACAAAUGUCGCAAACUGUGCGCCACCUGCUACGACUCGCAGGAGACGCUCUUCAGCAAAUACCCCCAAGCAAAGCAGCACAUCCAGGAGAUUUUGGACUCCUCAAAACCCAAGUCCAAGUCCAAGCCUACAGAUGCAGACGCGGACGCGAACGAGUCUGCGUCUGAUUCUCAAGACCAACCCGACGACCAACCUCAGUCUACAUCUACACCCACCCCAUCAACCUAUCACCCCAAUCCAAAAGUCCUCUUCUCCGUCGACGCCCGCAAACUCGGCGCCCCAGCCGGCGGCGGCAAAGACAUUCGCAACGGCUUCCCCCGCAAAGAGCGCAAAAUUCCCGCCUGGAAACUGCACCAGCAGUCGCAGGCGCAAGCUACGCCAGCUAGGCCGGCCCCGCCACCCCCGCCCAGCGGGCCAUGGGAUGUGAUAUGCUUCAAUUUCCCGCAUGUGGGCGGGCUCUCAACAGAUGUGAACCGGCAGGUGCGCGCGAACCAGGAGCUUUUGGUGGCGUUUUUCAAGGCCUGUGUACCGUUGCUUUCAGCGGCCCCGGUGCCGGCGGAUGAAGAUGAGGAGGAGGAUGAGUGGGAAGAGGACGAGGAAUCGGAGGACGAAGAUAGCGAGGGUGAGAAUGGAGGUGGAGAUGGAGAUGAUCAAACGUCCGGUAAGGCUGUUCGCACCGGCCCCGGCCAGAUCCUUGUCUCGCUCUUCGACGGCGAGCCGUAUACCCUGUGGAAUAUCAAGGAUCUGGCCCGUCACGCUGGGCUGCAGGUUGUGACCAGCUUUAAGUUUCCCUGGGCUGAGUACCAAGGCUAUUCGCAUGCCAGAACGCUGGGCGAGGUGGAAGGGAAGGAUGGUGGGAGGGGAGGGUGGCGUGGGGAGGACCGUUUGGCGAGGAUGUACGUUUUUGAGGUUAGGCAGGAGGCGCCGCGGGCAGGGAAGAAGAACAAGAAGAGGGAUAGGGAUGGGGAUGGGGAGAGUGAUAGCGAGUAA